CUUUGCUUCAGUCAGACUCAGAGAUUCAUUCAAGGCAAACUGAAUCACAGACAGAAAACAUCUCUGACCCCCAACAAAGAUGUACACAGGACAUCAAUGCUGUGCUGAGAGAGAUGAGCGCCUCUUUGGGUGGACUCAAGGUUAGCGUGGAGUACUUACAGAGGGAUAAUGAAGCUAAGACAACAGAAAUAGAGUUGUUGAAAGAACAGUACCAAGUACAAGUAGCAAAAUUAAGAAUGCUGGAGCAGCAGUAUCAAGAUAAAUUUACAGCUCAGGCAGAAGAACUGACCUCAGUUAAAGCCAGGGCAAACAACACUGAGCUCCAACUGGAGUGGCUAAGAACGGAAGGAAAAGAGAAACGAGUGGCUUUCUCUGCUUCCCUGCUGGCCUCAGGAUCAGGAAAUAUUGGACCAUUUAACACACAGAGACCUCUAGUCUUCAGGAAUGUUGUUGCAAAUAUUGGCAAUGCCUACAACCCAAACACAGGUUUCUUCAUUGCACCUGUGAGAGGAGCCUAUCACUUUGAAUUCUACUUAUAUGGAGGUGGGCAUGCGUCACAUCCUACAGCUGCUGUGUUGGUCAAGAAUGGAAAUCCUGUUUUUAUUGCAUAUGAGCAUCAGCCUUCUUAUGUUGUUAACCCAUCAAAGGCUGUUACAUUGCUGUUAGAGAUCGGAGAUGUUGUAUUAUUGCAUCAGUGGGAAAACUCAAGAAUUUAUGAUAGUGAUAAUCAUCAUACCACCUUUAGUGGUCAUUUGCUUUUUACUAUGUGAUCAGAGAACAGUCUUGUUCUAUACUGUAAUAAAAUGCCACUGGAGUUCAUCAUAAUGUGUAAAUAUAUCUCACUUCCAUAACUGCAUAAAAUAUAUAUUUGUUUUACUAUAAUAACCCUACCUUCACUUGAAAAAUAUGAUAUAGUUUUGUACGAUGUAGGACUAUCAUCUUUUUUUUCAAAGACCAGCGGCAAAACACAAGUAUUUAUGACACUCAAAGUCAUCAUAUCACUUUUAGUGUUUUUUUGUUUCUGACUAUGUGAACAGAAAAAAAGUUCUUGUUUUAUAUUGUUAUAAAAUACGAGAGAA